ACCAUAUCAUGAUGGCGGUAGCCUGGACUAUUUUGAAUUCCGUCCCGCUUUUUGAACAAUUCAAUAGCUGUAGUAUGUAAAAUGUACUAUUAUUCUGGGGAUAACACACGAUAAGUGAAGCUCUAUCAUGGACUCCGUCGUGGGGGCCGAUUUGACGCUCCCCGUUGACAUUAACGGAAGCUGCAGACUGCCAGACUCCAUAGAUGCUGGAGAAUUUUCCAUGGACAGCAUGACCGCUCCAUCCUUUCCUGACAAGAUGUCCCCAAUCAAAGCUCUCACCAUGAAGGACUAUGAGAAUCAAAUCACAGCUCUGAAGAAAGAGAACUUUAACCUGAAGCUGCGCAUUUACUUCAUGGAGGAACGCAUGCAGCAGAAAUGUGACGACUCCACUGAGGACAUUUUCAAAACGAACAUUGAGCUUAAGGUGGAGCUGGAGUCUAUGAAGAGAGACCUGGCAGAGAAACAUGAACUCCUCGUGUCUGCAUCGAAAGCGUUGGAGAGUCUUGCUGGUCGAGAAUCAGGAGAACCCCAGCGUGUGAAAGAGCAUGCUCGGAAAGAGAUGGAUGCACUUAGAGAUGCAUUCAACAAAAGGAUAGCUGACUUAGAGCAGUGUCUGAAAACGGCUGAGGAAGAGGUUGACAAGAUGGCAGCCAUCGCUGAGCAGGAGAAGCUGAAGAAUAUUAACAUGGAAAAGCAGCUCCAAGCCCUGGGUCCCCUCAGCACCUUUCCCCCCGGGACUAGCCAAGCACAAGACCUGCAGCAGGCUCUGCAGGAAAAAGACAGUGUCAUUGAGCAGCUCAAGAUUACUUUAAAGAACCAGGAAGCUGCGGUCCAUCAGAAGAAAAGUACAGACCAAGAGACAGAUCAACCAUCAGCUGACAGUUUCAAACAUCUUUCUGAUCUCAUAGCCGAGAAAGAUCAGGAACUUGAGGCACUGAGGGACAUGCUGCACAGGGACAAGGACAAAACAACUCCGGACUCUCAGAGUGAGGUUCGGCGAGUGGAGUCCUACAAUAAGCUGCUGACUGAAAAGUUUACCCAGGCACAAAGCACCAAUGAUGACCUGAGUAAAACACUGGAGGAAACCCAGAAUCAGAACAAGGUCCUGUUAGGGAAGCUGGAGGGGAAGGAGAAUGAGCUCAACUCUGAGAAGAAAAAUGCUCUAAAGCGAGACAAAACCAUCCAGGGAUUUACUCAGGUUCUGAAAGAAAAGGAAAAAGAGAUUGCAGAGCUGUGUCAUGAGAUUGAGGACAGGGACGAUGCUCUGGCCAAGGCUAGAGAAGCAGCACAUAAAGCCCAACUGCAGAAAUACCAGGGAGUAGAAGAGCACCAAAAUCUGUUAAUGACGAAGCAAACGGAGCUCGUCCAACUCCAGGGGGAACACCACGCCAAGGUGCUUGAGGCCCAAAAGCUGCAGCGGGGCCUGGACAGGAAGGAGCAAGAGCUGGCUGACCUGCAGCAGGCAAAGGACCAGCUAGAGUUGGAACUGGAGAACCUGCAACAGCAGAAGAAGAAGGGGGACAAGGCCCUGAAUGAUCUGAACAAUCAGCUGAAAAAGCUGAGCAGUGAGAUUGGAGACAGAGAGAGUGCUCUGGAGCAGCAGUACCAGGAGCUGCUGGAUCAAACCCAAAGAAAAGUGCAAUCCCAUGAGGUCACCAUCCAGCGGCUCACAUCCUCUCUGGCUGAUAAAGAGCAGCAGCUACAGGAGUACAUAAACAUGGUCAGAGAUGUUGAACAAAGUAAAAGUCCAGGAGGAAACGACAAUGUGCUUUCCAAGCUGCGGCAAAGGCUGAAAGAAAAGGAGAAGGCUCUGGAGCAAGCGCUGGAUGAGAAGUUUGCUGCCAUAGAGGAGAAAGACAAUGAGAUACACCAGCUGCAGCUGUCUCUCAGGGAGAAGGAGAGAGACCUGGAAAGACUGAACAACUUGCUCUCUCACAACGAGGAGACCAUCGAUAGUUUUGACAGUCUGAUCAAGGAGAAGGAUGUGGAGCUGCAACACCUUGCAAACACACUGAAGAACCUGCAGAGAGCAAAACAAGAUGUAGAAGACAACUUGAACAGAUCACUGAGAGAGAAGGACUCCAUCAUCAUUCAGCUGCAGCUUUCUUUGGAGGGCAAGACAAAGGAUAUGGAUGACAUGGCCGAGUCCAUGCUGAGCCAGUCGCAGACUAAUGCUCGUGACCUUGCUGAACAGAUGGGCCAGAGGUUAAAGGUCACAGAAGCAAUGUUGGCUGAGGCUGUGGAGGCCAGGGCAAGGCUGGUCGCUGACAAUGAGAGUGCUGUGGAGGGACUGUUGGCUACAAUCAGGAGCAAGGACCAGCUGCUCAAGGAGUCUGCAGAGCACUACAACCGCAUGCUGUCUGAGCGCACUCAGGAGAUCCAGGAGCUGAGGAGGCAGCUCACUGACAUGCAGCAGAAGCUUGCCACUGCUGAGAAGCAAAGCUCCACAGCAGCCCAGGAGAGUCAUUUAGACACUGCAGGGCUCAGAGCCAUGCUCGCUGAGAAAGACAGCCUCAUCAACAAGCUUCUACAGCGUGGUCAGGAGAUGGAUCAGUUUGUGGUAGAUUUGAGACAGAAGGAGGAGUCGGAACAUGUGUUGGAGCUCAGACAUACGAUCCAAAUCAUGCAGGAGAAGAUGGUUGACAGGGAAGCUGAGCUGUCCAGGAGGAACAGUGGGGAUAAUAUGGAGAAUGUUCUGCAUUCCAAGAAGACAGUCGUCGUCCUGAAGAAGGAGCUUGCACAGAAAACUGAGGCACUGAAUAAAGCACUGAAGCGGGAAAAUGAACUGAAGAUGUCUUUGGCAGAUCUACAGUCAUCACUGUCUGAGCUGGAGGGUCGUUACGAAGGUCAGGCUGCUAAUGUGGAGUCCCUGACUGCAACUCUGAAGACCAAGGAUGAGAUUAUUGAUGCUCUCCACCAGCGCCUCGGGCAAAGAGGGGAAAAUCGGUCUGACCAGACCCAGGAUCAGAUGGUUGGCUCGGGCAUGGAGAGAUCACUGCCCGGGCUCCCUCAGAGAGAGAGGACCAUGAUUGGAGGAGAUAGCCAGCAAGAAGCAUUGCCUAGCCUUACAGCCUUGCAACAGCAGCAUGACUCUCUGAACAAAGCGCUGAGAGCCGAGCAGCAGCUCUACUCCAGCCUCGUCAAGACUGUAAAGGAGCAGGACAGCGCUCAGCGUCUCCAUGCUCUGCAGUUGGAGCUGACAGCAGUGCAGCUCCUCAGGCAGCAGCUGGAGGAAGGCAUCACAACUAAUGAGGAGCUCAGGGACGAUCUGGAGAGGGAGAUACACAGAGCCAAACUCAGAGAAGGUAUGGACCUGAUUGAUCCUAAAGAGCUGGAGAGCAUGAGACAUCAGCUUGAAGAUGCUCAGCGCUGGAAUGCCUCUCUGCAGGCCCGCCUAGGAGCCAUUCAGAGCCGUGGAGGAGGGGUCGGUGGGGCCAAUGAUGGUGGGGAAACUUUGAGUUUCAUUGGAGAUCAGACUUCCUACAUGAGUAUCUGUGUGGGAGAGGAGCAUGAGGACAGCUUGUCUCAGCUCUCCGCACAAGAGCUCAAGCAGAAGGUGAUGGAGCUGCAGGAUUCCAGCAGCAGACUUCAGACUUUAAACAACGAGCUGCAGAACCGACUGUCAUUAUUGGAGAAGUCGGGCCAAGACGCUUACGUCAAGGAAGACAAAGACGUGGCCAGCAGCAGCCCAUUAAAACAGCAGCCUGAGAAGACGCAUGAGAUGCAGCCUGUGGCUCACAGUAACAGGACGCAUCUCUCCGCUCAGGAUAAACAGAGUCAGACAGACAUCAAAGUAGGACAGAUGUUGUCUGGAAAGCUGUUGGGAGACUUUAGUCUAGACAGUGGCCUUGGCCAGAGUAGAGAGCAUGCUCACUCUGGCAUCUCCACUUUGGACACUGAAGAGAGACACUCCAGGCAGAGUAACACCGAUGUAACGGCACUUAAAUCCUUGCUGACUAAUUGUGGGGCUGCGUCAGUCUCACACCUCAGAGAGGAGCUGCUCAGACUUCGAUCAGAAAAUACGGAGCUGCGGGGUCUCCUUAAGGAACAAAAGUCUACUGAGAGUAAAGAGAAAGCAAGCACAGACGCCUCAGGGAACAGCAGUGACGGACAGGCUGAAUUGAGAAGGAGUCUGGAGAAACUGCUUGCCGAGUCAAAAGGUCGCACUAAGGUCAUCAAUCUGUCAAAGGAGGAAGGAGGGAAGAAGUCUAACGAGAUGUCGUAUAGGAAGACCCCUCUAACCCCUGAGCCGACUGUCAGCAGCAGUGAGGGGAUGGAGAGUUCACCAACUAAAGGCCAGACAUCACACAGCAGGAGUGCAAAGCAGCAUGUUGCACGGCAUGGGGAAGGUGUCAAGUCUCGCCUCCCGGUCCCUGUGAGGCUGAGGGUGGAGGCUAGCAGCAUGCAGUCUGUGAGCUCUGACCAGCCUAAAACUGAUUCACUUGAGCACCUUCAGUUGGAUGGUGUAUAUGCGUUUGAUCAGCAACUGCAUGCAGAAUCUGACGCCCCCCUGUCACCCCAGCACAGCACUUCCCCUUCUUCCACGCUCAGAUACAAACAUCAUACCGGCAGUCCAGUGGGAUCAGACAAAGGCUCUGAAACAGGAGCAACACCGGAUCAUUCCCAGGCUGACUCUGCUCUUUUCUCUCAGCUGGAGCUUCUAAACCAGGAGUGUCAAGAGAAAGAGAUGCUGAUCAACAAGCUAAGUGAGCAGCUAGCGGAUUGGGAGGAGCUCCACGCUCAGAUCCAGGAAAAGGACAGACUUAAUCGCCAGUACGUGGAGGCCUUACAGGCUGCAGAAUCCACCAUCUCCUACCUGACCGCCUGCAGUCUGGACAGCCAGGGAGGAUUUGGGUCGCUCACCAGUCCUGCAAGUUCAGAUUCUGCCCUUUACAGCAGAUGCAUGGAGCUGCAAAAAGCCCUACAGGAGAAGGAGGAGCUCAACAAGCAGCUCAUAGAGCUUCUGAACAUGGCGGAGAAAGCCAUCGGCUCAACUGAUGGACAAGAAAAGAUUCCAGAAAUCAGCGAUUUAUGUUUGAAGAUAGAGACGGCCUUGCAGCAGGGGAACAAAUCUUCAAAUAGACCUAGCCUAAGAGGUGUUACUGGAGGCACAGAGGAAUCUAUGCAGGCGUUGCAACAACACACAGACUCUUUGCAGGAGGCCCUGUGGCAGCAGAAUAGGCUUAAUGCAGAGCUGCAGGAACAACUGAGAGCUGCAGAGGCUGCUGCUCAACAUAGAUACAACAAUGAGCAGGAUGGUAAAUGUUCAAGGCAGACAGUAGCAGAAUCACUUCACGAAAAGCAGACAAGGGGUCAUCCAUUUGAAAUGGGUAGUUCCGAUGUUAGUUUAAAUCAGGAGAUGACCAAAGUCCUGAUGAACUGCCUGAGUGCAGCAGAGUCUGCUGUUGCCUCUCUGGCAGCACACUGUACAAACAGCAGCUUCUUGUCUUCUGGUAGAUCAUCACAGACCAGCCCUGAACUGCAGAUUCAUUUAGACAAACUUCACAGAGCCCUGCGAGAGAGGAAGGAACUGGGGGAACUGGAUCAGCUCAGUGUCAAUCAGUCACCUCGAAAAAAGGGACAGCUCCACCCAGAGCUGCAUAACAACAUCUGCCGCCUCUAUGAGGUGUUCAGUGAUAACUGUCAGAGAAUCUCUGAACUCCAGGCCUCCCUCAAAUCAGAGAGAAGCCGUAAAGAGGACAGCGACGUCCACAGGACUCUGCCGGACGCCAACAGUUUACCACCCAGUGUUCAAGUGCAGCUGGAGACUCUGCAUAAGGCGCUGAGGGAGAAGAAGAAGGCGUGUAAAAGCCUGGAGGAGAAACUGGCUACUGCUCUUACCUCCCCGGAAACAGCAAGGAGAGCUCUGGAGCAGGAUGACAAAGGCGUGCAGGUGGAUUUGCAGGACCUGGGUUACGAAACCAGUGGCAAGAGUGAGAACGAUAGGGAAGAGAGCAGUAGCACAGAUCUAGAGGUUGGUGUACAGCCCAGCCGCAGCGCCUCCAACCUGCCCUCCCCACACGAUCAGGCCACGUUUUCCUCCACUGAGAACCUGGACUCCACCUCCAGCACCCCAUAUCCCAGCUCCCCCGCUCUCAGCUCUGCCAAGUUCAGUCUGAAGAGCCUGCAGGUCUAUGAUGACUACGGUGUUUCUAAGGACCCUCUGCAGCUCCAGGCACAAGUCAGAGAGCUAAAGGUCCAGCUGGAAAACCAGACCAAACUCAUCCUGCAAAUGCAAAGUCUUCUGCGUAGGAACUCUCUCUCCAGUGACCUAGUUUCCAGCCCCCCUGAUCCCUCGACCAUCAGGGAUCAAGCAAUGAUACACAGAGAGGACAAGAGCCGAGAUAUGAGCUACAGAAGUGGGCAGCUAGGGGAGAAAAAGGAGGGUGAGAACCAGGCGAUGAAGGAUAAAACCAGCCUCCUGAAUAUGGGACUGGACAGAGAGAGGGCUCUGAACAGAAGCACAAAUGAACAGCAGCAGCAGUCCCGCAGCCGCUCCACCUCACCUGCAAGACUGGACUCCCUGGUGCAGUCGCAGGCCAGGGAGCUGUCCCAGCUGAGGCAGCAGAUUAAGGAGAGCCGCCGGCUGGGAGCCCUGCAGCGCCGACAGCUGGACCAGCUGAGCAAGGCCUUCACGGAGCUGCUGCAGGCCAGCGAGGUGGACUUCUACAAAGGGGAGGCCGUCAAAGAGCAGCUGGAGAAGAGCCUGAGCAUCCUGGACAGGCUGGAGGGACGUCUGGACAAAGGAGAGUCUCGUCUGGAUAACGAGGACGUGGCAGCCCUGGAACUGUCUCGCAGGUUGGCGAAAGAGCUGCAGGAGAAGAACUGUCUGAUCCAGAGUCUGCAGAGCCAGGUCAGAGGUAGAAGUCCCAGCAGCCACCAGGGCUCUCACUCUGACCUGUUCCACUCAGACAGAACCUCCUCCUGCCACAGCAGCCCGACUACACCCAGUGGCAGUCGGUCCCAAAGCCAGAGGCAGCUCUCUGAUUGGACGGGAGCAGCUGUUGUAGGUGGAGCUCAGGAGGACGCUGUCAGCAGACUGCAGGGCCUGCACAGGGAGAACGUGCGACUGCAGGAUCGGCUGAGGGGCAGCGAGGAUCUGAACGCCACGCUGCACAGUGAACUGGACCUGCAUCGCUCCAUCAUGGCCCAGAGCAGCUCCCACCACCAGGAGCCGGAUCAGAGCCAGGAGCCGGGUCACAGCCAGGAGCGGGAUCAGAGCCAGGAGCCGGAUCACAGCCAGGAGCCGGAUCACAGCCAGGAGCGGGACGGGUCAGGACCGCAGGCAGACCAUAAACCAGAAGAAGACCUGGGCUCACAGAGGAACGCUGCUGAUCAGCCUCGCACCAUGAAUUCAGACCUGCUGGCAGAACAUCUUCAGGAGAUCCGCGCACUGCGACAGCGUCUGGAGGAGAGCAUCCGCACCAACGACCGCCUCAGGGAGCAGCUGGAGAAGAGACUGGCAGAGGUGGAGAAAGACCCAGCAGCCACCAACAUCUUCAUCCACGGCAACGAGGAGCAGGGUCAGCUGGCCAAUGAGGUGCGCUUCCUCUGGGGACAAAACCAAACCCUGAAAGAUCAGCUCAGCCUGGGCUCACGAGACAAGCAGAAGGAGAAUGAGAAGCUACGGGAGACUCUGGCCAGGCGGACGGCCAAACUGGAGCAGAGCAGGAGGGAGUGUGAGGCUCUGAGGCAGGAAAACAGCCGCCUGCAGGAGAGGCUGGAGCUCAGCAGCCAGGAGAACUCCCAGCUGCAGGAGUCCCUGCACUUCAGCAAGGAGGAGCUGCACAGGUGUCAGUGUGAAGUAAAGCUCCAGAGGCAGCAGCUGUCUGACUCUCAGCACCUCCUCCAGUCACUACGAGUAGAGCUGCAAGUUUACGAGAAGAUCAAGACUGAAGAUCGUAAACACAACGCUGAACGCAGUGAGGGGUCCCAGGAGCCCGCCCCCCUCCCGCCCUCCGGCUCGCUGGACCUGAGCGAGCUGCUGCUGGAGAUCAGACACCUGCGUCUGCAGCUGGAGAGGAGCAUCCAGACCAACACCGCCCUGAGACAGAGGCUGGAGGAGCAGCUGCUCCGAGGACCCCACCGCUCUGAAACCAUCAACAUCAACUACCUGCUGUCCUCCCCAGAUGAAGGAGGCAGGUCACCAGGUCGUGAAGGCUGCGAUCCUCUCCGUCACUCAUUUCAGAGUCACAACGAACACACGAGUGUCCUCCAUGAAGAGAAACGUGGCUCUCACUCGGAGGUGGAGGGGGGCUCGUUCAGCAGCAGCUCUGGGGACAGCGCUCCCUCUCGCCUGGUGCCCGGCCACCGCAUGUGGGCCAAUCGUAGCGGCCGCCAUAUUCUGGGUCUUAUUGAGGACUACAACGCCCUCCGUAAGCAGAUCUCAGAGGGACGGAAGCUGUCGCGCAGCAUGAACGCACACCUGCAGGAGAGCCUGCACACACUCACACAGCAGGGCUCUGACAACAAGGUCGACCAGCAGCAUCUGGAGAGUUUCUCGGGCAGCGUGAACACCAUGCAGCAUGUGAUGGAGGAGGCGGGACGGAUGCUCAAACUGGUGUGGAGGGUCUCUCUGCCAGCAGGGGGCCCAGCAGGGGGCCCAGCAGGGGGCGGGGGCAACAACCAGCAGGAUGAGCUGCUGAAGAAUGAGAUAUCCAGACUGAAGAGCAGGCUGUCCCAGCAGGAGAGGAUGCUGAGCGGAGCGGUGAAGCGCCUCCGAACAACCAACCAGCUGAAAGAGGGGAUGGAGCGAGUCAUCAUCGAUCAGCUGUAUCUAACCCACGGAGUGUUGAAGAAAGCCAGAGGGAAUUUAGAGACAAAUUACUGCUCCCUAAUUGGGCUGAAAGGCCUGUCUGGAGGACCAGACGGAGGUCAGUGUGGUUGAGCUGCAGGCUUUGAGAGUGAUGCAUGAGACCCUUUUUAGUUGGUAUUACCUAUUGCAUGAAACAAGCACCAAAAUAUGAAUUCAUAAUAAGCUACUCAGAUUUACUCAUUUGUGUUAUGUGUUCUUUUUUUGUGAGACCCUCAAUCGUGGGCUGGCUCUCUUAUUUACCAGUCCACGUACUUUGCGAACCUCUAGUAAAUUAUACGAUUAAAAUGUCCUUAAAAGUCAGUGUAGCAUGUCAGAAAAGUCUAACAAAAUAAUGCCAUAAUAUAGUAUUCCUAAAAAAAGAGUCAUGUCACAGUAUUUUCAAAAAGGUCAGGGUAAAAUAAGUCAUUAAAGUACAGUACAAUUCACUCAUUCUUUUACAGUGUAGUAUGUCUUAAAAAGUCGAAAAUCGAAGAAAAAACAACAUUGUAUAUUAUGUAAAAAAUAUAUUUAAAAAAGUCAUAGUAUAGUAUGUCGAAAACAUCAGAAAAUACAUUAUAGUACGUCAACAAAAGUAAUAGUAUAAUAUGUUGAAAAUAACAGAAAGUCACAAUAUGCAUGUGUCUGCAAGCAGUUUAAAAUAUCCGUUUGUUUCGUUGAUGUUGCGAGCAACACGUUUUGUUUCUACCUUGCAUGUCUGUGGCUAAAUAUUUCAAACCACUGUUAGUGCCUGCCUGAUCUCGCUCU